ACUGCAAGACGCCGAUAUUGCGUUACAUUGUAGCAAAAUGGCGGCUGUCAUUCAGAAUCCACUAAAAGCGUUGGGCGACCAGUUCUAUAAGGAGGCCAUCGAGCAGUGCCGCAGCUACAAUGCCCGCCUGUGCGCCGAACGCAGCGUCCGCCUGCCAUUCCUCGACUCGCAGACCGGCGUGGCGCAGAACAACUGCUACAUCUGGAUGGAACGCCACCACCGCAGCCCCGGGGUAGCGGCAGGGCAGAUGUACACGUACCCCGCCCGCUGCUGGAGAAAGAAGAGGCGGCUGCACAACACCUCAGAUCCCCGCCUGGGCAUCUACGGCCUCCAGCUCGACGGAGGACUGAUGUCCAAGGAGUCUUUGCCCACCCAAAGCACUACGCUGGAGGCUCUGCUGCGAGGAGAAGGCCUGGACAAGAGGAACAGCAAGAACGACGAGGAGAGCCUGCUGGAGAUCCAGAGGGUCCUGGAGGCCGACGCCGCAGAAGACGCUUUCAACGACGACGACGACUUCGAGGUAGACACUCCCAAGAGGAGACAUCGAGGCAAAGGAAGAGGUCGGGGCUCGGGCCGCAGGAGGGCGGACCUGGACGACGACAAGCCAUACGUCUGCGACAACAGAUACAAACAAAAGCAGAACUCAAAGUCUUCGACUUCAGUCUGUGCGAAGCGCUACAGGAACCGCACCGGACUGAGCUACCACUACACCCAUUCCCACCUGGCGGAGGAGGAGCGAGGCGGCGAGAGGAGCGCGGCGGCGUCCCGGUCCCCCUCCGUCCCGCAGCCCGACAGACACAAACGUCCGAAGGCUCCGGGUGGGACCAGCAUUCCCAACAACUACUGUAACAAAUGCCACGGCUCAAACAAGAAAACGGGUAAACCUGGCGCUCCCUGCUCCGCCUGCCAACGCACAACUGACCGCGGAGCAGAGAAGGAGGACGGGACUUUCACUGGAGCCGAGGAGCUCUUCGGCACCACCUCGGAGAGCGACACCUCCACCUUCCACGGCUUCGAGGACGACGAGCUGGAGGAGCCGGCCGCCAACAGCAACGGCAUCACGGGCCGCCACAGAUAGAGCCGGGCCGCCGCCGCCGCCGCCGUCAGAGAGACCCUCUUCUUCUUUUUGUUUUUUUUUUUUAAUAUGGAUUAACCUCUGGCAAAAAUCUGCUGCUUCUUUUUCAAUGUUUUUGUUUUGCAGAAAGCACAAAGUGAUAAUUUCAGGACGGAAAUGCAAGUGGUAUUUUAUCUACUGAACAUUGUCGAGUAAUUUAUGAGCGUUUUUUUUUAUAUAUAUAUAUAAAUAUAUAUAUAAAUGAAUAUAUAUGAACUUCUAAGGCAACAAAGGACUGUCGAUUAGACGAGUGACUCCAUAAAAAAAACACGGACAGAAGAAGAGGAGCCGUUAUUGGAGUGUUUUUUUUCCCCUCACUGGAGCAGAAGGAAAAAGUUAUGAAGAAAAAAAAAAACACACUGGAGAAGUUGGAGAAAUGGAAUUUUUUUCAAGGGGCGAAUGAGAAGUUUGGCAGAUGACUGAGUGUCAUUGUGGACCCGAACUGAGCUACUGGACGUUUUUUUCCCCCCUUUCUAAAUCAGUAGCUGGCGCAACUAUGAAGGCUUCUGCUCUGACUCUGGAUUAAACGUGUGAAAAUGAAGGAACCAAUGAAAGGACAGUCGCAGGCCUCCGGGAGGGCCGGGAUGAAGAAGCCUGGCUGGAUUUUUACCAACCGAGGGGACGAGACCAAUCAGAGGAGCGCUCAGCACACUGGCGUGUGGCCCGGAGCUGGGAGGCCGACCGGCGGAGGAGAGGCGGACUUAACCCUCGCAGACCGAUGAGCCUCCGCGUCCGAACAGACUGCAGCCGCCGAGCCCUCCGCGAGUCUCCGGCUGGGCCUCCUCCUCCUCCCCGCGCGGCGCCGGCGGUCCGGGAACACUAGAGGCCACGCCCCCGGACUGUUUGUCCCCGCCGGGGGCGCGCGGGGCCCCCGCCGCUCCGCGACCGUGAUCCGAUGUGACACUAAGACGUCAUUAUCCUCAUCACUGUGCCAGCCCGCCGCUCUGCACUGGAAACCAGCUCUGACAGCCAUGACCCUCCAACCUGAUUGGACCAGUGACCCCUGACCCCCGCAGCCAUAGAGACGGUGCUCCGAUCCACCACUAUGAAACACUCAGACCUCUGGACUACUGUAACCGUACCGACUCCGCUCUGUCCUCCUGCGCUCUCAGCCUCUCUGAUCCCACCGCUCAUCUCUCUUUUCUUUUCUUUUCUUCAUCUUUUUCUCUGUUGUAUAAUAUUUCUACGUUUUGAACUCUGAAAGGUUUGAUCAGUCCGACUUCCCGGGUGUGUGUGUGUGUGUGUGUGUGUGUGUCGAUACCUCUGUCCCGAUCGGGUGCACAAACAGCCACAACUACUCAGGCAUCUUUCAUUUUCCUCCGCUGUUGAUUGUUCUGCCACUCAGCCCUGAUUCCAUGUGAUUGUAUUCAGCCGGCGAGGAGGGACAGAGACGGAUCUGCAGACUCGUGACCACGCGGGAAAACAUCGCAAUAACAAGCCUUUCCACCCGGCGUCAUGCUCACCAUACAAAACCUCCGUACCGUGUGUUUUAAAGCGUGGAGAUAUUGCCGCCGCGCUCCAGUCCGCUCACCUGAAGAGGAGUGGAAACUGUAAAUCAAAGCUAUCUGUGACAUUUCCGUCUGAGUGCUUUAGAGAGACUGAUUGCUUUAUGCCAUUUAGAAGGGGCUUCAGGUAGUGUUGGAGGUCCGCGUCCUUCCGUGUGAUGAUUCAGUGUCGCUCCGUUCUCCAAGCUAACCGUUAAUCCCACGUGUCUGUUAGGUGCAUUCAGAACCGUCUCCCCCCGCUUCCCUCAGGGACCCUCCACACAGCGCUCCCGUCUCCGCCGGACAGUGAACGCAUCCCAGUCUUCUGCUCCCGUGUCGGCUCUCCGCCGCGUUUUCCAUCCUCUUUAUCUUCCAAAGUCCGGUGAAAGCGUGAGUCAUGAAACCACGGCCUCCUGAAGGCUCAGGAGAAGCUCCCAGAAUCAAAAAAACUAGAUGCAAACGUCAGCGAUGUCUGCUGGAGAACAGCCUGAAUACCUCGUCGACCACAGCAAUAGGCGCUGGUACUGUCCUGUGCCGCCCGGCGGGGGGGCGGAGGGGGGGAGCCCAGAGGAGGAGAGCCCCACGUGACCCAGUGUU